CUCGAAUGACAAGUGAAGCGUGCGACAAAAUGCAUUGCGUGAAAAUUACGUGGCGUUGGAAAUUCUCAGCCAAGAAAUAAAAUAAAUAGAUUUGAGUUAUGCUGUGCUAUCAUGUAAACGGAUGAUUGGCCUGAAAACAAAGAAGACAAGCAGAAUUAGUGUGUUAAAUCAUGGCGGGAACCUUGCCGAAAGGAACUUAUCCGCCGCCCUCAAUGGCAAUGGGUCCGAAAAACCCUACCCUAAUGAGUAAUCAUUUUAUGAACGCUAACACAAACAGUCCCUCUGGAUCACUAUCUAGGCCAAUGGGAACUCUCGACUCCAAUAACUCGGGUCAGACAGCCGAAAAUACCAUGACUUCAGUACCGAUUAGAAAUAGAUUCGGUAGUGAGAUAUCUUCUGAAAUGCAGCAGGGUAACCCUUAUCAAGGCAGUCCAAUUCAUCAGAUACAGUCAUCUAACGCGAGUAUACCACCCCCUAGUGGCACGCACAGAGGCGGUAUGUUUCCACUUUCGGUCGGUGUCCAGCAGCAAAAGUGGGACGCUUCGCAGGAGGGAAGUUUGGGAGGCGCCGGAGGCAUUUAUGGAACCGCGAUGUCCUCGCAACAGUUGGAAUCGAUCCCGAUGAGGUCUAUGGGAACCCUAAGUGAAACUGGAGAAGAGCGGAGACCUGCUGUGAUGAACUCAACGACAGCGUUAUCUGUGGCAAGUGGAUCUGUGAUUCCUUCGUUGAGUGGAACCGGCACUGGACCCCUGGGGCUGAAUCACCCACCCUGGCUCACUCACAACUCCUCGAACGCACCACCCGCUUCAAAAUCUGUCUCUUUUCUCUAUGCUAUGCUCUUUGCCCUCAUUGGUCUGGUGUUGCUAUUCGCAAAGUUCUUUUCGGCGUCUGGAAUGCGCGAUUUGUACAUAGAUAUUUUCGCUGUUUACAUGUUUGGAUUCGGCUUUGUAGCUUGUUUGUAUCUUUGUGUGGUCAAUUUUUUCAUCAGAAAAACAACAGCUGCAAUGAAUCAGCAAAUGAUGGGCGAUCAGCAAACGCAGCUGCUCUACUCGGGGAGUAAUAAUGGGGACGGGUCAAACGGGGGGCUGCUACGUGAUGAAUCGAACGGAUCAUUUUACUCCAAGGCUGCUCUGGUGUUGUUCUUUGUUGUUGCGUUUAUCCAUUUGGUAGUAUCGAUUGCAGAGCAGUUCACUGCAGAUGUAGACGUGUCCUGCUUCACAAUUCUGCGUCUAGUUGUGCUCGUGCUCCAAAUCCUCUUCCUCUCUUCCCAGCUGAUGCUAACAGUGUUCUUCUCAAAAGACUACAUUGUAUCGCUCUCAGGACUAGCACGCAUGUCUAUUAGUCAUGCCAUAGCUGCCAAUGCUUUCUACUGGAUCCUCUCGCUCUCCAAAGAGACUCUGGAGUCCUUGGAGUUCUCACAGCCAGGAAUUGACAAAGAACUUUUGAUUAACGGAAGAAGGAUAACAGGCGAUUGCUUCAGGAGAUCUCUAAAUGCAAUUUCGCAGUUCGAAGAACGAUUUUCGUUCUUAUUUUUCUGCUUUUUGUCAUCUUUUCUGCUGUACUCGACAAGUUUACUCAGUAAAAUGUGGACAAAUUGUGGUAAAAAGACUUCGUCAAUUAGGAAGAAGUUAGCUCAGCAAAAUUACGAUUCUUGGGUGCCGCGAGAUGAGAACAAACGGCUAUUCACGUGUAACUUCAAGAUCUGUGAAGUGUUGUGCGGAUUUGGAAUCGGCUUUGUUGCUUUGUUCUCUUGUGUCGGAACUGUAGUUAUCGACCAAGUUUUGGCACAAACCGACGUUCCGAAUCACAGCUUUGUUCUUUUCUACCACGUAGUGGUGUGUGUCGUAUGUCUUGCGGUUCUCGGAUUCAUGCUUCCAUUGGCAACGUGUAUUAUAAAAGGUCACCCAAAAAGGUCAAAAGGGGUGAUCAAUUGGAUGAGUCAACCAGUUAUAGCGGUCACUUCGUUAGCUACACUCACGUACUCGGUAUUUAAUGCCAUGUGGGCCUUGUUUAUUUUAAUAAACGGAGAAUCUUUAGCAGAAACAGAUGGCGAGAAAAACAGCGAAUCUGACCAGAACAAAUAUGACUCCUCAAGUGCUCAGUUUGAAGUCCACCUUAUAGCUGCAUGUCUAUUUUCGCUGAAUGUUUUCAGAACUAUUGAAGUCGUGUUGCAGAGUAUAUACUUGUCGGACGCAAUGAAACGACAAGUAGUGACAUCCAGUAAUGGGAACGACAACAGUAGUGGCGACGAUGACGAUGACCUUUCGUGGGCCGAACGGACGUCUUCAAGUCGUGUCUUCGUUAUUUUAUUUCUAUUUGUCAACCUAGCACUAGCAAUCGCAGAAAUGUAUGAAAUGACUAAUAGUUCGGUUAUUAAUUGGCAGCAAGUUCAGUUUUUGGGCUCGAUUAAGUGGUGCUUGUUUGUUCACCUUGUCGGCGCUUUUGUUUGUUUGUAUCGAAUUCAUUCUGUAGUUUGUCUGUUGGAUAUAUUGAGGAUUGCCUUUUAGUUUUCUAUCAAUCUUUGUAAGUGAAAUUUGUUCGUGAUCGAAAACUUCUGUUAAUUAUGUGCAUGCGUGGAAUAUUUUUGCAGAUCCAUAAGUUUUUUUUUCAUAGCCCGUGAUUAUGUUCAUGGAUCAAGCGUUUUUAGAGAGCUGAUUUUUUCUACUUCAGAGCAAUGAACUUUUUUAAAUACCUAUGUGCUUUCAUGCUAUUGUAGCAGCUUAACAUUUGAUGCUUUUCUCUGCCAAUUCGGCAAUUUUUUUGCUGUGAACGCGCGAAUUUUCACGAAAUAAUUCAAAUUGGCUCAAAGUAUCCAGAAAUCUAAUUUUAUUGGUUUUGUUACGGCUGUUUUUGAGCGAUUUUUUCAGCACUGAAACCCAUUUGAUUUCUCAUCACUUAUUGAUUUGCAAUUGAAUUAGCAAGAAUAAGAUUUGCUUAUGGUUGAUGCAUAAAUAGUAAAGAAUAUGAGCCAUUUAUUACUGUGUUCAAACUGCCUUUAAUUUUAAUUAGACCUGACCGGCGGCCAAAUAAGUUGCCGCCAGCAGGGGCGGGGGGGGGCCUUAUACUUUUUUCUAGUAUCCCCUUUUUGGUGAU